GCUGUUGGAGUAACAAUGCCUUCAGUUCAGUAUCUGAGAGAGUUUAUCAACGAGCGGCUAACUGCUGCUGCUGAAGAAAUAUUCACAGAGUUUGAAAAAACGAUCGUCCAGUACGAGGAAGAGAUCGACCGUCAGCGCAGACUGCUGGAUAUCACCUGGAAACCCGAAAUAAAGCUGCACAGGACAGACCUCGUACAGCAGCAUGUCUGUAAGGAGAAGGAGAUUCUCACUGAGCAGCAGCUCUGUAACCAGGAGAGGAGCUGUAGUGUGGACCAGGAGGAACCAGAACCUCCACAGAUUAAAGAGGAAGAGGAGGAACUCUGCAGCAGUCAGGAGGGAGAGCAGCUGGUACUGAAGGAGGAGACUGGCACCUUUAUGGUGACUGCUGCUGAGGAAAGAGAGCACAGGGAAUCAUUAUCAGACAGGGAGCAGCUCCUCUCUCACAGCUCUGAUAACUUGACAUUUUUUUAUACCAAACCAAAAGACACAUUAAAGGAUCGUGAAAAUCCAAUUCAGAAUGAGGAAGAGAUUGAUCAGCAACAAAGGCAGCUGGAUAUGACAUGGGAACCUCAAAUAAAGCUCCACAGGAUAGCUCUUCCACAGCAGCAACUGUGUCAGGAGGAGGAGGGUCACACUGAGCAGCAGCUCUGUAACCAGGAGAGGAGCUCCAGUCUGGACCAGGAGGAACCAGAACCUCCACAGAUCAAAGACGAACAAGAGGAACUCUGCAGCAGUCAGGAGGGAGAGCAGCUGGUACUGAAGGAGGAGACUGAUACCUUUAUGGUGACUGCUGCUUAUGAUGAAAUGGACCAUAGUGAACCAGAACCAGACAGAGGCCCGCUCCUCUAUAACAGCUCUGCUAAGAGAUCUGGCAGCCAAGAUCAAGAAGAAAGCUGGAGUGUAGCUCCAGGAAUAUCUAGAUAUGCAAACAGGAGUCACAGAAAUGAUGCACAAAACUCUUCAUCAGAGAGUCAGUCUAAUACCAACACAGAUAAAAAGUCUUUAAAAUGUCAUGUUUGUGGAAAAGUCUUUAAACUUAAGUCCCAAAUGACUUUACAUAACGGAUUUCGCACAGGUGAGUCGCUGUACCUUUGCAAAACCUGUGGGAAACGCUUUAAUCAAAAGGGUAUUUUGUUGGAGCACGUGACAAUCCAAGCAGGCCAAAAGUCACAUCUUUGUAAGACUUGUGGUAAAAUGUUUUCAAAUACAUCACUCCUUAACAGGCAUAAAAGAAUCCACUCCAGUGAGAAGCCUUAUCCUUGUGAAACAUGUGGGAAGAGUUUUCGCUAUAACGAUCAUUUAAAGGUCCAUGUGAGAAUCCAUACAGGUGAGAAACCGUAUUCAUGCAAAACAUGCAGUAAAAGGUUUUCCACAUCGUCAUCACUUAAAAUUCAUACAAGAGUCCACUCAGGUGAGAAACCAUACUCUUGCAAAGCAUGCGGGAAAAGUUUUCGUUGUAGAAAUCAUUUGGUUCUCCACAUGAAAAUUCACACAGACGAGAAGCCACACCUUUGUAAUGCCUGUGAGAAAGGCUUCAGUCGAAAGGAUACUUUAUUGGAGCACAUGAGAAUCCAUACAAGUGAAAACCCAUACCGUUGUAAGACUUGUGGCAAACAUUUUUCUAACUCAUUAGCACUUAGAAGACAUACAAACAUCCACUCCAGUGAGAAGUCGUACUCCUGCAAUACAUGUGGGAAUAGUUUUCGUCGCAAUUCUCAUUUGGCUGUCCACAUGAGAACUCACACAGGUGAGAAGCCGUAUUCUUGUGAAACAUGUGGAAAAGGGUUUUCCACGACAUCGUCACUUAAAAUACAUACGAGGCUCCACUCCGGUGAGAAGCCGUACUCUUGCAAAACUUGUGGGAAAAGUUUUCGUUGCAGUGAUCAUUUGGUUGUCCACGUAAGAACUCACACAGGUGAGAAGCCACAUCUUUGUAACACAUGUGGGAAAGGUUUUAAUCAAAAGGGUGCUAUGUUGGACCACAUGAAAAUCCACUCAGGUGAGAAGCCGUAUUCGUGCAAAACAUGUGGGAAAUGUUUUCGUCGAAAUGAUCAUUUGAAUUUCCACAUGAAGACUCACUUAGCUGAGAAGCCUUAGUCGUAAAAUAUUUUUGGAGAAGACAAUAUCUUUGACAGAAUCACAAACUGAUGCUGGUUCAAAGUAGAGUGGCUUUAAAACCUCUCCAGUCACUGAAUUAGUUACUGAAUGAGUAAUGGGAGGAGUUUUUGUUCUGUAUUUUUCUAAAAAUAGGUUUUGUUAGAUGCCUAGAAGAAAAGCUUAUCGCCCAAGUGUCCGUUAUAUAAUACACAUCUUUUCAAGUGUAUUUUUUUUUUAUUUUUUUUUAUUUUUUGUUACAUUUUUGAGGUUUUAUGACUUGGAAGUAGUACACUAUGAAGCACAUAGUUGGUGUCCUUAAUAUUACACACAUGACCAUCAACAGGGAGAACCAAAGAAAAACACAUGUGGUGUAUAACAUCAGAAUGCAGCCAAUGUUUCACAAAAACAAACUGAACUCUUUGAAGGAGUCAAAGCUCAAAUUCAUCUGCAUCCUGAUGUUAUCACCACAUGAAGCUGGUUCUCUGUCAGACAUUCUCAAAGAGCUAGCUUGGUUAGAUGCGCGCUAAUUAGACUUCAGUACUGUCCCAGUUGUUCAUGAUGUCACCUGUGUGAUGGAAAAUUUGUUUCGAUACUUAGUAAUAGGAACUUUAUUGUACAGUGAGUCUGAGCAAAGAUGAAACACCGGGUCCAAAUCAACAAGUGAGAUGUAUCCAAGGUGAGGAGGCACUUUCCAAGUUUGCCAGCAGGUGUCUGCAUGGCUGUGGGGACAAAUUCAGCUUUACAGCUACAGAGGAAGGCAAAGGUCUACACGAGUAUAAAGGUGAUAUUUUCUUUUAGAUUUUGUAUCAAUACUGGCAUGAAGACUGAUGAUGAUCUCUUUGCAAAGUUUUUGUUCAAUA